GAUGAUAAUGAAGAUUUUGCGCAAGAAUCAGAAGAAUCAUCUGUAAGUGACAAUGAAACUUGUUCACCAACCACUGAUAAUUCGCCAAGUGAAGUGGCUGAAGUAACUGAAACGACCAAAGUAACUGAAGUAACCGAAAUGACCGAAGUGACUGAAGGAGACACAGCCGAUGAGGCUAAAACUUCUGAUGAAGAAGAGAAUUGGUCAAAUGUAAUUGAGAACUGGAUUGGAAUGUUAGAUAAUGAAAAUCGGUUAGAGAAUGGUGAAAUUGUAGAUGAUGAACUACCUGAAUUUGAAUUUGGCGGGCGCACUACUCACCCAGCAGAUGAUUCAUCGGCAAAAUGGAAUUU